CGGUGACAGCUCGCGCGUGUAGAUGAUGGCGGUAAAUAAAAGCCAGCUAUAGACUAUAAAAAUAAAUAAAACGACGACUAUGUUUCUCAAAAGAAAUAGCAUGCAGUAAUUACCUAGAUGCGGUCAGUGUGUUUUAUUGUCAUGGAGAUGAGUUUAUAACCUCUUAAAGUUAAGGGGGUUUUUUUCUUUAAGAAUCAGUGACUUUAAUCUGGGUUGACCUCCUGUUGUUUUGUUCAGAGAUUAACAUGAAAGUUGAUUUUUUAAAUAGUAUUUUUGUAGUAACGUUAUUUGUUCUUUGGCAAUCGCACCGCUGCGUUUUCUGCCAGCGUGUUGUCGCCGACUAGAAGUUGACGAGUGAGUGUCGGGGAAAGAGUUUUAGCUACGGUCUGAGAGUGGUCUUUGUUCUGCAGUGUACACGUUUUCCUGGAAAACUUGGGAGUAGGUGGAUGGAUGUGAAUCCCAGACCGGUGUGUCCAGGAGCUUUCUAAUGUUGCAAUGUUGACAGUGCUCACCCGUGUCAAAGCGUACAGAAGGCUGUUUUCGCUCAUGAGCCUUUGCCUGGUGCAGGGGCGCGCGUCCUGAUCGAGAGCACAUGCGCAUGCGGGCAGAUGGAUCGCUGUAAGCAUGUGGUGCGCCUCCGCCUGGCGCAGGAUCACUCCAUCCUCAACCCGCAGAAGUGGCGCUGCGUGGACUGCGCCACCACCGAGUCGGUGUGGGCCUGCCUCAAGUGCUCGCACGUGGCCUGCGGCCGCUACAUGGAGGAGCACACGCUCAAGCACUUCCAGGAGUCCCGCCACCCGCUGGCCAUGGAGGUGCGCGAGCUGGACGUCUUCUGCUACGCCUGCGGGGACUACGUGCUGAACGACAACGCCGAGGGCGACCUCAAGCUCCUGCGGGGGGCGCUGUCGACCGUGCGCAGCCCCGGCCGCCGCUCCAUGCGCUCGCUGACGUCGGCGGGAGGCGACCCGCCGGGGGGCGCGGAGGGCGGGCGGGACUGCGGCGGCGGCGGCGGCGUGGGCGGGGCGCGGCCCUCCAUGCAGGCGGCCCUGCGGCACCGGCGGCGGGCGCUGCUGGGGAGGGCGCUGCGCACCUGGCUGGGCCGGCAGCGGGCGGAAGAGAGCCGGCGGGAGCAGGAGGCCGAGCGGCAGAAGGAGGAGCUCCGGCGGAGGCGGCAGGAGGUGAAGCGGCGCCUCCUGGAGGAGCUGGCGAGCGUGCCGCCGAGGAAGAGCGCGCGGCUGCUCACCCAGCUGCCCCGCCGCACCGCCCUCGUGCCCCGCAAGUUCCGGGACCCCCCGGAGCGCGUGCCCCCGCCCCCGCGUCCGGCGCCCCUCAUGGGCCUGUCCCGCAAGCCCCUGGGGAGCGGCGGCGGCCGCAGGUUCCGCCGCUACUACUCGUCCUACGCCGUGUCGCGGCGGAAAGUGACGCCGGGCGUCACGGGCCUGCGCAACCUGGGCAACACCUGCUACAUGAACUCCAUCCUGCAGGUGCUGAGCCACCUGCAGAAGUUCCGGGAGUGCUUCCUCACGCUCGACCUGUGCGAGACCGAAGAGCUCCUGGCCAAGACGAACCGCUCUCAGGGCACCAGGGGGGUGUCGGGCGGCGUGGUCAACCACGCCGUGCCCGGCGGGGGGCUGGGGCGCGUGGAGAAGCUGGGCGGAGGGGGUCUGUCUGCGGCCGGCAAGCAGAGCGCCCCGCCCAGCCUCAGCGCCGCCGAGCUGGUCCAGCCCAAGGAGCCGCGCUCCUCCACCCGCCAGCAGAUGUCACUGUGCCACGAGCUGCACACUCUCUUCAGGGUCAUGUGGUCGGGCCGCUGGUCGCUGGUGUCGCCCUUCGCCAUGCUGCACUCGGUGUGGAACCUGAUCCCGGCCUUCCGCGGCUACGACCAGCAGGACGCCCAGGAGUUCCUGUGCGAGCUGCUGGACAAGGUGCAGCAGGAGCUGGAGUCCGAGGGCACCAAGCGCAAGAUCGUCAUCCCCAUCUCCCAGAGGAAGCUCUCCAAGCAAGUGCUGAAGGUGCUCAACACCAUCUUUCACGGACAGCUGCUCAGCCAGGUGACUUGCCUGUCCUGCGACUGCAAGUCGAACACGGUGGAGCCGUUCUGGGACCUGUCUCUGGAGUUCCCGGAGCGGUACCACAGCAUGGACAAAGGGGCCGGCUCGCUGGCCUACCACCGCAGCUGCUCCCUCACCGAGAUGCUGGCCAAGUUCACCGAGACGGAGGCCCUGGAGGGGAGGAUCUACGCCUGCAACCACUGCAACAGGAAGAGGCGGAAGAGCUCUCACAAACCGCUGGUUCUGACGGAGGCGCGGAAGCAGCUGCUUAUCUAUCGGCUACCUCAGGUCCUGCGGCUGCACCUCAAGCGAUUCCGUUGGUCGGGCCGGAACCACAGGGAGAAGAUUGGGGUCCACGUGGCGUUCGACCAAGUGCUGAACAUAGAGCCCUACUGCUGCACAGACUCCCUCUCCUCGCUGCAGAGGGAGGGAUUCACCUACGACCUCUCUGCUGUUGUCAUGCACCACGGCAAGGGAUUCGGCUCAGGGCACUACACUGCCUACUGCUACAACACUGAGGGCGGUUUCUGGGUUCACUGUAAUGACUCGGAGAUGAACGUCUGCAGUGUGGAGGAGGUGUGCAGCACUCAGGCCUACAUCCUGUUCUACACUCAGAGAUCCGCCGAGGCCUGACCACCACUCGCCGCCCCGCCCCGCCCUUCCCCCACC